AUGUCUGAUCAGUUACAGUGCGCGCUGAAGUAUUUGAAGUACUGCUUCUCGGUGGAGGCCAUCGACUCGCGUGUCAAGCCGGACACGGACUACAUUAGACGGCAGAAGGCCGCUGCUUUGGACAAUGACUCAGAUGUGAAGGAUAUCAACAAGAUCCCUCGUCCAUUAUGGCAUACGACUGAGUUUAAGUUCUAUUAUGUUGCGUUUAUCAUCGUCGUGCCGUGGAUGUUCAAGACUGCAAUGGAUGCGAGUAACGAGACUAACGUGACGAACUACUAUAAAUUUGAACAUUUGUUAUCACCCGGUUGGUUGUUUGGUAGAAAAGUCGAUAAUAGUGAUUCCCAGUAUAGAUUCUUUAGGGAUAAUUUGUUCCUGUUGAUUCAAUUGAUGACUGCACAUUUGGUGAUUAAACGGGUAGUGUUAUACGUGACAAAGAUGGCCGUUCUGAGAUUUGAUUUUAUAUUCGGUUUGAUUUUCUUGUUUGCUGCUCAUGGGGUGAACUCCUUAAGAAUACUGACGCAUAUGAUUGUCAUGUUUUCUUUGGUUCAUAUCCUCAAGAGACAUAGACGAUGGGCUACUGCUGCAACUUGGAUAUAUGGUAUUGGAUCGUUGUUUUUGAACGACAAAUAUAGAUCUGUGCCAUUCGAAUCGUAUUGUUCACUAUUGGCUCCAUUAGACUCAGCAUUUAAAGGGAUCAUUCCAAGAUGGGACGUGUUUUUCAAUUUCAGCCUACUAAGAAUUAUUAGCUACAAUUUGGAUUAUCUCGAAAGACUAAAUAAUCAAUUGCAAUUUAGAAACACUCAUGAGGAAUCUUCAGAAGAUUAUGAAGAAUAUUCAAGAAUACAUAGUAAUAACUCCGACGAAAACAAUGAAAGAGAUGAUAAUGACAUUCAAAUUAAUAGACCCUCUAUUAAAAAAUCGGGCUCUGUAUCAAAAUUACAAACAAUCGAUGAAUCAGGUAAAGCAGAGGUCUUGAAUGAAAGGGCCAGAUUGAUUGCUCCACAUCAUAUUCAAGAAUAUAGUUUUAUGAAUUUUAUCGCGUACGUCACAUACACUCCCUUGAUUAUUGCAGGCCCCAUAAUUACGUUCAAUGACUAUAUUUAUCAAGCGCAACAUAAAUUGCCCUCCAUCACUCUGGAGAGAAUCACUAUUUAUUCAUCAGUCCUGGCGUUUACUAUCCUAGCAAUGGAAUUUAUCCUACAUUUCACUUACGUGGUCGCCGUGUCAAAGGCUAAAGCUUGGGAAAAUGAUACACCUUUCCAAAUCUCAAUGAUUGGGUUGUUCAAUUUGAAUAUUAUUUGGUUGAAAUUGUUAAUUCCAUGGAGAUUUUUCAGAUUAUGGGCAAUGCUAGACGGGAUUGAUACACCUGAAAAUAUGAUUAGAUUAGUAGAUAACAACUAUAGUGCAUUGGCAUUCUGGAGAGGAUGGCAUCGCUCCUUCAAUAAAUGGGUGGUUCGUUACAUUUAUAUUCCAUUAGGUGGCUCAACAAAUAGAAUCCUAACUUCUCUUGCAGUAUUCUCGUUUGUGGCUGUAUGGCACGAUAUUGAAUUACGUUUAUUGUUAUGGGGUUGGUUAAUUGUUGUGUUUUUAUUACCUGAGAUUUUCUUAUCUCAUUAUUUCCAAAUGUAUCGUAAUAGAUGGUGGUAUAGACACGUUUGCGCCCUUGGUGGGAUAGUCAACAUAUAUAUGAUGAUGAUAGCUAACCUGUUUGGAUUCUGUCUAGGGUCAGACGGUACCAAGAUGUUGUUGCAUGACACGUUCAUGACUUUUGCAGGGUUCAAGUUUUUUGUUACAUCUACUCUAUGUUUAUUCGUUGCUGUUCAGAUCAUGUUUGAAAUAAGAGAAGACGAAAGAAGACACGGGAUCAAUCUCAAAUGUUGA